AUGGAGAUGCUCCUCUGGGAAGUCUUCCUGCGACCCUUCUAUUCGACCGCUCCGGAUCAAGCGGUGGCAUGGGGUGUGGCCAGCACUCGAGGCGGACGAACGAAGUCUAAGGGCAGUCCCAUGCGUGUGUACCCAUCUGCUGAGCUCUCUAUUGUCGCAUGUGACUCCUCUCAAUGUAGAAAUGUAAAAAAACAGGAUGUGGGCAGCGUCGGCGGCCUCUUCGUCUUUGUAUCUCCCUCUACUUCUUAG